UUUGUCCGAUUUCUCUUCUUUUCUUCAACAAAUACUUAUAAAUACUUAUGUUAAACACAAGUAAAUGUAACGUCUAUCAGCUAACUCUCAAAUCCUUCUCUUUCAAUUUCCUCAAAAAAUAUCCCAAACAUACUCUUAGGUUGUUUCCCGGUGGAGACAUAAGGGGCGCAGAGUGAAGGGAGGCUCUGUCUCAUCUCAAAUAUAAUCUAUUUUAAAUUAUUAGGGCAAAAGAAGUCGUGUCAAAAAAAAUCUUUGUACUUAUCAAGUCUAAUGUACCGUUUUGAAAGUCGUAACACAUCUGAUCUAAAUAAGAAAAAGUAAGUAUGCAUAAACAUUUUUUAUACAUUCUGUAGCUAUGUCUACAACAAAUUUAAUUACUAAUUAGUUCCACCCUGUCAAUUCGAGAGUAAUUUACGAUUCAUACAACGGCCUUUUCCCCUUUCUAGGGGUUUCUUCUGCCGAUCAAGUGCGGCUCACUUCUUUGGACGUCGUGCAGCGCCCUAUGGCAGAUAGGCGAUGAGGUAGGUCCGGCGCAAGACGGUUUGGAAAAGUUGAUCGGGCAGUGCGAUGGUUGGGAGUUCAGGACCGAGGAUGACAAUCUGGUACUCGAUGAGGAGGAUGAUGUGGGCCAUAUGCAGGGGCGGAGCCAAGGGAGGAUCAGGGGGGUCAGUCGACCCCGCUGAAAGUUUAAGAGCAUAGAGCUCUGAAAUAUCUUCGAUUUGAUAUAUUAUGGCCCCCGUAACUCAUUAUGAGUAAAAAGUUAUGACUUCUGCAAAAUCAGCACUAUCUAAACGUAAAAUCAGCAAAAUGUGAUGAGUAAUAUUGUUUUUUUCCCCCAAAUUUUAAAAUAGCGUAUAAUUAACCAAUUACUUACGUGACAUGACUAAAAAAUAGAGCAAAAACAGUCUCUUUUAUUGUUACGAGUGCCUAUUUAUCUAAACUACAUAUAAAAUAUUCAACUCGGACAUUGUUUGGAAACGAUCCACCAUUUUCAUUUUGUAUAAAGUUGAUUCUCGACCCCCCUGGACCGUAUUUCUGGCUCCACCACUGGCCAUAUGGAGAUGAGUAACAGAGUCUAGAGUUUGAAAGAAGAUGAGUCAACGCUCAACUCUGUUUUGAGCGUGUUUUUAUUUUCUAGCAGAACUCUAGAAAGUAGGACAUGUGAUGAAAAGUCUUGUUUGUCAGUUAGUCAUUGACUCAGUUAAGCCCAUUUUAAAAAAAAAAAAUAAUCUGCUUACAUUAUGUUAUCUUAAUAUAAGCCAUUUUCGUGCAAAAAAGAGUCUAAUAUACCCUUUGGCUACACCUGCGUACGCAAUCUGUGAAUGCAUAACCACACGUUAAGGAAGUCAAACCCCCAAAUUUAGGCCAAUUUUAUAACUUUACAAUCUAAUCAGCACAAAAUAAAGAGUCUUGGGAGAUUUUAAAAGUAUACGACAAUCGCAGCCAUUUUUGAAAUUACAAGACAGUUUUUUCUUCUAGUCUAGAUUAAAUUACGAGUAAGGAAAAAAAGUUCCUUUUCGUCAUUGAUAGACAAGGGAAACACAUAACCGUGCAAAUCACGUUCCAAGCUUUUGGAAAUUGUUUAACGAACUGCCCUCUUUGGUUCGGUCAACGUUAUGAGAAAUAAGAAAAGAAUCAGGAGGAUUAAUUAUGGUAGACGGAGUAACGAAAACGGUAACGCUGGGAACAUUCAUACCAUAAUUAAGGAUUAAAGAUUACUCUGUUUGGCCAUAACUGGCGGAAUUGAUUGAAUGGCGCCUUAGCUUUUUUAAUACCCCUGUUUUUAGUACUGCUUGGUGCUAUAUAAGCCAAUCCUGGAAAACUCCAAAAAAACGCAGCUUGAUUCGAUGAAGAAGUCUCGUCUUUCAUCAUUCGGGCUCUUCCAACUUUUUCUUCUUGCUCCUCUCUGCUGUACUAAUGUCAAAGCCUCUGCGACGGACUCACCAACGACCAAAUUCGUCCGCUGCCUCGCUGCUGCACUGCCAAAUGCCACUCUCUCUGAUAUUAUGUAUCAGCAAAACAAUCCCAAAUUCACAUCCGUUUUAGAUGCCUAUGUGAGGAAUCUCCGGUACAACACCUCCAAAACUCCUGAACCGGCCAUCAUCGUGACCCCAUUGACGGAAGACCAAGUCCCGGCGGUGGUUGUGUGCGCGAAGGAUGCCGGAAUCGAGAUCAGAAUCCGGAGCGGCGGACAUGACUACGAGGGGGUCUCUUAUGUCUCCAGCACUCCCACCUUUAUGAUUCUCGACAUGUUCAAUCUCGGGUCAGUAGACGUCACUAUUGACAACAAGGGAGCGGGGUCGGCGUGGGUAAGAGCCGGAGCCAUCCUCGGGGAGGUUUACCACGGGAUCUACGAGAAGAGCACCGUUCACGGAUUCCCCGCCGGUGUCUGCCCGACCGUGGCCGUCGGCGGGCACCUGAGCGGCGCCGGGUACGGGAACAUGCUCCGGCAGUACGGGGUGUCGGUUGACCACGUGGUGGACGCGCGCAUAGUCAACGCGAAAGGGGAGAUUCUGGACCGGGCAGGCAUGGGGGAGGAUCUGUUCUGGGCCAUCCGCGGCGGCGGCGGCGCGAGUUUCGGAGUGAUCCUGGCGUACAAAAUCAACCUGGUUCCCGUGCCGGAGAAGGUGACGUAUUUCCGGGUGGAGAAGAUGGUGGAGGAAAACGGGACGGCCGUGGUGAUGGAGUUCCAGAAGGCGGUGAGCAGCAUGGACAGCCGGCUCUUCGUCCGCCUCCUGGUGCAGCCGAGCAAGGCGGCGGGGGGCCAGAAGACGGUCAAAAUCACGGCCAUCGCGCUGUUCCUGGGGAGCACCGAAGAGCUGGUAAGGGAGGCGAACAAGGAAUUGCCGUCUCUGGGACUGAAGGACACGGACUGCGCGGAAAUGAGCUGGAUCGAGUCGGUUCUGGAAUGGGCGAAUUACGACCACAAUACCACAAAACCGGAGCAGCUGCUGAGGCGAGAGGGGAAGGACCCAAUAAAGUUCGGGAAGAGGAAAUCCGAUUACGUGGAGGCGGAGAUACCCGAAGCGGGGCUGCAGGCGCUGUGGGGGAAAGUGAAGGAGGGAAAGGUGGGGAUGGUGUUCAACUCCUACGGCGGGAAGCUGCCGAAUAUCGCAGCAGACGACGCGACGGCGUUCCCUCACCGGUCCGGGAUUCUGUUCAAAAUCCAAUACUCCGUGUCCUGGGACGACGACACCGACACGGUGACGAACCUGAAGCAAGCCAAGGAUUUGUACGAGUUCAUGACCCCAUACGUGAGCUCCAUGCCCAGACGGGCGUACCUCAACUACAGAGAUCUGGACAUCGGCACCAACCACGACGAGCACGGAUCCGAUGUGUUCGGCCCCAUGUACUUUCGUGACAACUUCAAGAGGCUGGUCCAGAUCAAGAAUCAGGUCGACCCUGAUAAUUAUUUCAAAUAUGAACAGAGCAUCCCCAUCUACUGAGUCAGAAUCCAUACCUCCAUUAUAUUGGGCAAUCACCUUCUUCUCGAUCGUUUAUCCUAGCUCCUCCCCCACGGUUCUUAUAUGGCCUGGGCACAUUAUAUUUCCACUUGUUUUUGUUUAUGGGAUUGGAUACCGGCCAUUUCCCCAUGCUAUAUCUUAUACUGAUGUAUGUUGUAUUUCUACACCUAAUGACGCUAUCAUACUCCAACGUUACCACACCCUUCAAUACAAA